CCUUCACCUUUUCGCCUAUGAUAUGUAGUCUCCUUUCAAAACCAAAAAAAAAAAAACGCCAAAAUAAACUAAUCGCCUACCUUCCCUUGGUAUAAGAACUCCGAAGGUCGAAGACUGCGAUGAGGAGGGAGUCGGGAGGAAAAGAGAAACAAGGAGGAAGAGAGAUGAAGACUUCAAGGAGUUUUGGCAGGCCAGAGCCCUGGAGGAUAGGGAAUGCCUUCAUCAUAGCAUCCAUGAUCCUUUCCCUUUCCAUCCUCUCUCUCAUCAAGCUUCGCUAUUGCUCGUAUCCAUAUGGGAAAUCACAGGCACCCUCGAAAUUAAUGGUACCAACAGCAACAAAUCUUUUGAUGGUCACGGAUCUGCAAGAGGAUGAAGAUGAUGAAGGAAACGGCACCGCGGUCGACAUGGGGAAACCGAUAUGCUACGAGACAAGCAAGAGAUCCGAUACUUGCGAUGCGGAGGGCGAUAUAAGGGUGCAUGGAAGCUCUCGCACUGUGUUUGUCCAACCUAUGUCGAGGAGGCAAGAAAGGAAGAUCAAGCCUUAUGCUCGCAAGAAUGAUGCCGUAGCCAUUGCCAAUGUAAAAGAAUGGUCAUUGAAAGCAUCAAACAGCCAUCAUCUGCCUCCCGAAUGCACCACAAACCAUACAGUCCCUGCCAUGAUCUUCUCUGUGGGAGGCUAUGCCGGCAACCUCUUCCACGACUUCAUCGAUGUGUUAGUCCCGCUCUUCAUAAGCUCCUAUCAGUUCCAUGGCGAGGUCCACUUCUUGAUCUCCGACUUCAAAUCGUGGUGGGUGAGCAAAUUCAGCUUGAUCUUCAAGCAGCUCUCCAACUACGAGAUCAUCGACGUGGAGAGCGAGCAAGAGAGUACGGUGCGGUGCUUCCCUCGGGUGAUCAUGGGGCCGAGCUUCCACAAGGUACUAGGCGUCGAUGCUUCGAGGACUCCUACUGGAUACUCCAUUGUCGAUUUCAAAGCGAUGCUGAGAGAGGCACUCGGACUGGAACGAGCAACCGCGGCGCCUCCGGAGGAUGAAUGGGACAUAAGGAGGCGGCCAAGGCUGUUGAUCCUGUCUCGCCAGAAGACAAGAAAAUUCUUGAACGAGAGGGGGAUGGCGGACAUGGCAAUGAGCUUGGGGUUCGACGUGAGGAUCGGCCAGCCUGAUAUUAGCACCGAAGUAGCCAAGUUUGCGAGGCUAGUGAACUCGGCCGAUGUGAUGAUCGGAGUCCAUGGCGCCGGGCUCACCAACAUGGUUUUCCUCCCUGCAGGGGCUGUGAUCAUUCAGGUUGUGCCCAUGGGCGGCCUGGAAUGGCUCGCCAGAGAAACCUUCCAGGAUCCCGCAAAGGAAUUAGAGCUCAACUACUUCGAGUACAAAAUCCAAGCGGAUGAGAGCACUCUCAGCGAGCAAUACCCCAAGGACCAUCCUGUGCUGACGAACCCCUACAAAAUCCACAAACAGGGGUGGAAUACGCUCAAGUCUGUGUACUUGGACAAUCAAAAUGUGAGGCCUCACUUGGGCAGGCUUAGGAACACUCUGAUGGAAGCUCUCAAGCACCUACCUCACAAUGUCACCAGCUAAGUCUUUUGACUGUUGGAACUAGAUGAUCUCCUCGAUCCCCAUUCAUUUCUCUUUUUUUUCUUCUCUUUUUUUUGGGUUCUUCAAUAUUGUAAUGAUUUUGUAUUUUCUUGUAAGAUGAUCGAUAUGAGUGUAUGGUGCAAAGCAUCAGAAGAUGUUAAUUUUACUUUUAUACAUUAUUAGUUAAAAAAAUAUGGCAAAAGAAGUGAUUUCGAGGUUCAAUCAA